ACAGACCAUUUGUGUAACACGCACAGAUAACAAAAAAUGGAUGAAGCAAAUCAAACUGAAGUUGGGGAAACAUCUACAGCAUCUAGAAAAGUUAUAACUCUAGAGCCAAAGCUGGUUAUAAAGAAAGGAAUAUCGACUCUUGGAUUUGUUUUUCGGUUAUUUGCUGUUUUUGGAACUAUAGGAAGCGCACUCGCCAUGGGAACAACACAAGAAUCAGUUGUUUCUUUGACUCAGCUUGUACUCCUUAAAGCUAAAUACAGCGACUUACCAACGCUCAUGUUUUUUGUGGUUGCAAACGCGGUUGCUGGUGGAUAUUUGGUUCUUUCACUGCCUGUGAGUAUCUUUCAUAUCAUUAGUACUAAAGCUAAAACCUCAAGAAUCAUCUUGCUCGCCAUCGAUACGGUGAUGUUGGCUUUGGUGAGCUGUGGUGCAUCUGCAGCGACAGCAACCGUGUAUUUAGCUCACGAGGGGAACACAACCGCUAACUGGCCGCCGAUUUGCCAGCAAUUUGGCGGAUUCUGCGAACGCAUCUCUGGAUCUCUCAUCGGUUCUUUCUGCGCAGUGAUCUUGCUCAUGCUUGUUGUUAUCAAUUCCGGCAUCUCUCUCUCGCGCCACUAAGAUAUAUAUAUCUAAUCCAGCAUCACAAUCGUGGCGAGAUGUGUAUCUAAUCUACAAUAUGGUCUUUUAAGCUUAUAUAUAUAAUGUAAACUUGUAAUGCAGUGUAACGUAAUGUAAUGAGUACAGAGAUUUCAUGUGAAGAUAAUAACAUUUAGGCAAGAAGUUCCACAACAUCGUCUAUUGAUUUCAAUGUCUUCUCGUAGUAGAGAUACGACUCAUACACCUUUGGCGUCCGUACGUAAAAAUCCAACUAUUUCAUUAAAAACAUUUAACAGAAUUAUCAUAAGACAUUGAUAAGAAUAUGAAAUAGCAUAUCGUCGUCAAAUAUGAAAUUACAAAUAC